CUCAAUCCGCUCGACGCCAGAUUAGUAAAUAGUGUUGAAUAAUAUAUUGUUUUGAUAGUUAAUAUUCGAUUUGUGUGCUGUGAUUGUUUGAAUAAUUGACCAACAAUGUCCAUCGAGAUUGAAUCCGCAGAUGUGAUUCGACUGAUUCAACAAUAUUUGAAGGAGUCGAAUCUUGUUAAAACAUUACAAACACUCCAGGAAGAAACAGGUGUAUCCCUGAAUACAGUGGACAGUGUAGAUGGUUUUGUAGCGGAUAUAAACAAUGGACACUGGGAUACUGUCCUAAAAGCCAUUCAAUCACUCAAGUUACCAGACAAAAAGCUCAUAGAUCUAUAUGAGCAGGUUGUUUUAGAGUUAAUUGAACUGAGGGAGUUGGGAGCUGCACGCUCGUUACUCAGACAAACGGACCCGAUGAUUAUGAUGAAGCAACAGGAGCCCGAACGUUAUAUACAUCUAGAAAAUCUCCUCGCACGAUCGUAUUUCGACCCUCGAGAGGCAUACCCUGACGGCAGUACAAAAGAAAAACGUCGUGCAUACAUAGCAAGCGCCCUGUCCGGUGAAGUAUCAGUUGUCCCCUCAAGCAGACUGCUAGCCCUCCUCGGGCAAGCCCUCAAGUGGCAGCAGCACCAGGGUCUCCUCCCUCCGGGCACCACAAUCGAUCUGUUCCGUGGUAAAGCCGCUGUGCGAGACCAAGAGGACGAGAAAUACCCAACUCAGCUGUCAAAGCAAAUAAAAUUCGGUCAGAAAUCGCACGUCGAGUGCGCCAGAUUCUCCCCCGACGGUCAAUACCUUGUGACUGGCUCUGUAGACGGUUUCAUCGAGGUUUGGAAUUUCACAACAGGAAAAAUACGUAAGGACUUGAAGUACCAGGCACAGGACAACUUUAUGAUGAUGGAGCAAGCGGUAUUGUCCAUGUCCUUCAGCAGAGACAGCGAGAUGUUGGCGUCUGGCUCGCAGGACGGCAAGAUCAAGGUCUGGAGGGUUCAGAGUGGCCAGUGCCUCAGGAGAUUCGAGAAAGCUCAUGCAAAAGGUGUCACCUGCAUUCAAUUCAGCAGAGAUAAUGGCCAAGUUCUCACGGCUUCCUUCGACGCGACAAUAAGAAUUCACGGGUUAAAGUCGGGAAAAACGCUCAAGGAAUUUCGGGGCCAUUCGUCAUUCGUCAAUGAGGCUGUCUUUGCACCUGAUGGUCAUCACGUUAUUUCAGCCUCUUCGGACGGUACAGUGAAACUCUGGAGUUUAAAAACCACCGAAUGCAUUGGAACUUAUAAAUCUUUGGGGGCGUCAGAUCUGACUGUCAACAGUAUUCACCUAUUACCGAGAAAUCCAGAGCAUUUUGUCGUAUGCAAUCGUUCCAAUACCGUUGUCAUCAUGAAUAUGCAAGGCCAGAUUGUCAGGUCAUUCUCGAGUGGUAAGAGAGAGGGCGGUGAUUUUGUUAGUGCUGUUGUGUCACCGAGGGGUGAAUUUAUUUACUGCGUCGGUGAGGAUCUUGUGUUGUAUUGCUUUUCAACGUCAUCCGGAAAACUCGAGAGAACGUUAAACAUUCAUGAGAAGGAUGUCAUUGGCCUUGCUCAUCAUCCACAUCAGAAUUUACUGUGUUCGUACAGUGAGGAUGGCCUCGUUAAACUGUGGAAACCAUAAGUUGGGUUGAAUUUUUAAUGGGGCCAUUGUGGAAGUGCAAGUUGGAGUGGAGGUUUUUUUGGGGAAUUUUUGAAGGGAUAUUUUUUUGGAUUGAGGUGGGGCAUGGGGAGGUGAUUUAUUUGUGAACGAAAGGAACGAAUAAUUUGGUGGGAAUUUAAAUGCAGUUAAAUUCACUGGUUAAUGAAUGAGAAGAUGAGCUGAUUUUUUUUAGUUGUACCUGAAUUACUGGAAAUUGGUUUAUGUUCUAAAUCAUUCGGAUGUGGAGCUUCCCCAUGAGGUUUCGGUUGUUUGCAGAGAUGUAUUCAACGAUAUGGAUGAAAUGAAUUUUUCCGAGAAAAUUUUGAGAAAAUUCUGAUUUGAAUUUUCAAAAAUUGGAGUUGAAUUCAACAUUAUGGAGUAAAAGUCCUUUUUGUAGACGAAGGGAUCGAUGGCGCUGCAAUUUUCGAAUGGAAAAACGUAUUUUCUUGCUGAAAAAUUUUGCAUUUACCCAGUUUUCUACGGCGCAGCCUAAAAAAAUGGAAAAAUCGUAUAUCUUCCCUUCACAUUUGGAAAUUCAGCCCAAUACUCCCUGGUUUGGAGCAAUUGAUCGAUGCUGUGUUAUUAUUUGGGAACGACAUCAAAGUGCUCGGUCAAUAUUUCAUUCAUUUCCAUCAUAUUUACAUUAUUAUUUGCAACUAAUUAUCAUAUCAGCGAUGGACUCGAUUCAUCAGACUCUUUAAAUUAUUGAAUAAUCCCGUUAAUGACGAAUUUCAGGGAAAAUGUGUUGACAUUCUCCCCCACGUCAGCCGAUCAAUUGAUGAAACCAUGAACAUGAGUACAGUUACCCCCAUUUUUAGGUUCACACGGAGGUGGAGCCAGAUUAAGAAAUAAUAAUUGUAUUUAAGGAGACUGCUAAUUGAGAACUAGUAUUUAAGAUGAAUGAAUGGAAUAAACACCUGAAAUUUUUGUAAUGUG